AUGGGCCGUUCUGUCUCUGCAAAUCCUAAAAUCACAAUCAUAGGGUCGGGAACCUUUGGGAACUACGCUGCAAAUAUCCUCGUUAAGUCAUAUCCACAUUAUCAUAUUACUUUAAUCGCUGUCAAUGACUACGCUUACAAUUUGAUGGCAACUCAUAGACUCAUAACCGGAGGAUUCAAACCAAAAGACAUAACAAGGCCUCUCUCUGAAAUCAUUUCAAGUAAAGUUAACAUAGUUCUUGUCAAGGAGGUAGUCGAAUUCAAUGAGAAAAACACCAGACUCAUAACUUCUAAUGAUGCCGAGGAAACUAUUGACCAUGAUAUACUUAUCCUUGCAACAGGCUCUAAAUGGGCCAACCCCAUUGCUGCUCAAAAUUUCGGCAGUUCCGUUGAUUCAAUGACUGAAUAUUUACAUAAUGAAAUUGAGAAAUUCAAAGAUGCCAAAAAGAUUUUAAUUGCUGGCCUAGGAUUUGUAGGCGUGGAGUUGGCUGGUGAAUUGGGUUACGCAUUCAAGGCACAAUUGGCUAGCGGUGAAAAAGAAAUUGUAUGUGUUCAUUCUUUUGAAAAUGUGAUUGACAAUAGAUACUCAGAAAGUAUCAGGAAUAGUAUUAAACAAUAUUUGAAAAAUAUGAACAUUAAGAUGGUCUUCAAAGAAAAGGCAGUAUAUGAUCCAGAAACCAAUCCAAGACAGGUGAAAUUGACACAUUCCACUAUUGAAGAUAUUGACCUUUUUUACAGUUGCACAGGUCCAAUAGCUAAUCUUCCCCUGAAUACCUUAACUGGCUUAGAAGUUGAUAAGAAAGGUUAUAUCAAAGUAAAAAAAACUCUUCAAACUUUGAAAUACCCAAAUAUUUUUGCGUUUGGUGACAUUAACAAUGUGCCAGGCAAAAGAUUUGUUUACAGAGAAGAGCAUGGUGAGGUUUUAAGAAAGAAUGUUGAGUUGGUUGUUGUUGGUGCUUCUCACGGAUUCAAAGAGUAUGUUACCAAACCAAGACCAGUAGGAGUUUCUAUUGGUCCGGAGUUAGGGGUUGGCCAGGCACCAUUGGGUAAGUUAGGUACGGUUAAAGUUCCUGAAUUUUUGAUAGUGAAAAAGAAGAGCAAGCAUUUGUUUACCGAUAAACUUGAUGAGGUUUUGGGUAAGGUAUGA